UCUCGGUAUCCCGGUUCUAACCACGACUCCUUUGUGUGGAAUAUGAGUGAGCUGAAACAAUAUUUACAACAUAAUUUGGAAGAUAAUACCUGGAUUUUAGGUGAUGCUGGUUAUCCGUUGGAACCAUUUUUAAUAACGCCAUUUCGAAGUGCUGCAGAAGUAUCACGAGAAAGACGUUUUAAUACUGUUCACGCAAAAGCAAGAAACAUUAUUGGAAGAACAAUUGUGGUGCUUAAAAGCAGAUUUUGAUGUUUGCUUUCUGCAAGAGGUUUGCACUAUGCUCCCGAAAAAGUGACUCAAAUUACAAAUGUGUGUUGUGCAUUACAUAAUUUAAGCCAACAUUUUAAAACAGAACAUCAUGAAGAAUUGCCUUUUCCUUCAGACUCGGAAAUAGAAGUUGGAGAUGAUACAGCAACAAACAUAGAAGAGUCUGCACAACAAAUUAGAAAUAAUUUAAUGCUUGCAAUUUAA